UCUCGCCGCCGGUGGCCGCGUCGGCCGCUCAGACACGUCACCCUCGCGCCCUGUGGCAAGGAGCCCAGAGCUAGGAGGAAGCACAAUCGAAAGCGAGGCAAGAGGUCCUUGAUCACCAGCCAGAUACUGCCCCCAGUUCAGACGGCGGCGAGACCGCGGCGCGGCGCUACCCGCUCCAUCGGGCCGGCGAGCUCCUGGCGCGGGCGCUUCCGCCGCGCGAGAUGGGCGCCGGCGGGAAGGCCGCGAAGGCGCGGCGGGCGGCGCGGGUGAGCCUCUGGGUGGCGCGCGCGAGCACCACCGUGCUGCUCUGGACCUGCGUGGUGCUCCUCGCGGCCGCCUUCGGGGAGCGCCUGGCGCCCAGCGUGCUGGGCGGGGUCUGGCCCGGCUGCCUCACGCAGACGCUCGUCAUCGUGCAGCGCCCGCUGCUGCUGCCCGCCGACGAGAGGGUCGCCGUCCACACCGCAAUCUCCACCACCGCCGCCGCCAACGCCAACGCAGUCGCGCUGCCGCCCAAGAGAAUCUACAAGAACAAUGGCUAUCUCAUGGUCUCCUGCAACGGGGGUCUUAACCAGAUGCGAGCCGCUAUAUGUGAUAUGGUGACGGUUGCGAGAUACUUGAAUGUCACCCUCAUCGUGCCGGAGUUGGAUAAAACCUCAUUUUGGGCUGAUCCUAGCGAGUUCCAGGAUAUAUUUGAUGUGGACUACUUCAUAGCGUCAUUGAGAGACGAGGUUCGGAUACUGAAAGAGCUGCCUCCAAGGCUGAAAAAAAGAGUUGAAAUGGGAUAUCUUCGCUCCAUGCCUCCCGUCAGUUGGUCUGAUAUAUCCUAUUACCAGAAUCAGAUUCUGCCAAUAAUAAAGAAGUACAAGGUCCUUCAUCUGAAUAAGACAGAUGCCCGGCUUGCAAAUAAUGACCUGCCCAUGGAGAUUCAGAAACUGAGGUGCCGCGUCAAUUUUGCUGCAUUGAGAUUUACCCCUGAAAUAGAGGAGCUGGGCAGACGCGUGGUUCGAAUUCUUCGCCGGAAUGGACCCUUUGUGGUUCUUCACUUGCGGUAUGAGAUGGACAUGCUUGCUUUCUCUGGAUGUACGCAUGGUUGCAGCCACGAGGAGGCUGAGGAGCUCACAAGAAUGAGAUAUGCUUACCCAUGGUGGAAAGAGAAAGUGAUCGACUCCAAUGCGAAGAGGAAAGAAGGCCUCUGUCCAUUAACACCGGAGGAGAUUGCAAUGGUAUUAAAGGCACUCGACAUUGAUCCCAGUUAUCAAAUAUACAUUGCUGCUGGUGAAAUAUAUGGUGGACAAAGAAGAAUGGCUGCACUGACCUCAGCCUAUCCCAAUGUGGUAAGGAAGGAGACAUUACUGCCUUCCGGUCUCAGGUUUUUCCAGAACCAUUCUUCCCAGAUGGCAGCAUUGGAUUAUAUGGUGUCCUUGGAGAGUGAUGUUUUCAUCCCCACUUAUGAUGGUAACAUGGCAAAAGUUGUUGAAGGCCAUCGCAGAUACCUGGGGUUCAAGAAGACGGUGCUGUUAGAUCGGAAGCUUAUAGUUGAGCUCGUUGAUCAGUACAAAAAUGGCACACUGAGCUGGACUGAUUUCUCCUCCUCUGUGAAGGCAUCGCAUACCAGCCGCAUGGGUGCACCAUCCAGGAGGCAGGUGAUUCCUGACAAGCCCAAGGAAGAGGACUACUUCUAUGCCAACCCUUAUGAGUGUUUGCACCAACCAGAUGAGCUAUCAGUAUUGUGAUGCCCUCGAAGUAUACAGCAUUCUUUCAGAGCCACGGGCAGGCUUGGAUUACAUUUCAGUUUGAAUUGACAGCGGCUGGAGAUUCUAGUUGUAUUGAUGCGGAUGCACACGAUAGAUAAAUAGUGCCUUUUGCUAGGUGGUUGUAUAUACAGAUUGACAUAAUUGCCAAUUCCCUUGUUGCUGAAAUAGGCAAACGUAGUUUUGUGUUGUACAGGACAUUUAUAGGGGUUGGAACAAAAGUACACGAGUAGAGUUUUUUCAGUUUCUGGUUUGAACUUGCUGACGAUCAAUGAAUUGUUCUUUUUCCUA